GAGAUUACCCGGACAGCAGUGAAACGCAAAAGAUAAAAUGUCGUGGCAAAUUUUCGGCCGUUGAAAGGCACGGCGAAAACAGCCGGAAUGACAGGUCAUAUUUCGUUCUGCUUCUUAUUGUUCUUAACGGGCUGUGAUUGCAUACUACGGAGAACAAUAUCAUCGUCCCUGGUGAGCCGCGACGACAAUCCUUACUGCCGCAUUUGCGCCGAUCACACUAUGUGUCGAUAUCCGCACGAUGCCGAUGGCACCAGAUGCGUGAACCUUCAGCACGCUGAUCUGGGAGAGAAGGAUAUCGAGACCAUACUCCAUUGGCACAAUAUUUAUCGGAACACUGUGGCGAAUGGGCAUGAGGAAAGAGGAAAUCCAGGUCCUCAACGACCGGCGAAGUUCAUGAUGGAGCUGAUCUGGGAUGACGAACUUGCUCAUAUCGCGAGACGAUGGGUAGUGCAGUGCAACCUUCUCGAGAAAGAUCAGUGCAGAGACGUUGGCAAGUAACUCCUACGGAUAUAUUCCAUUUUUCAUUCCCC